AGCUCUGAAGCAGUGUUUUGAAAUCGGCCAUCACUACAUUAAAGUCAUUACUUUUUGUGCACCCAAAAAAAACUAUUCUCGUCGCUUUAUAAUAAGAUAGAACCACUGAACUCGCAUGAACUGUUUUAAAUGUUUUUAGUACCUUUUUAUGGGUCCUGAGAGAGCAAGUACCAUCAGGCCUCACUCAGUCAUUGGAUUUAAUCAAAUCUUAAUUUGUGUUCUGAAGCUGAAUGAAGGUCUAUGGGUGUAGAACGAUAUGAGGGUGAGUAAUGACAUUAUUUUCAUUUUUGGGUGAACUAACCCCUUUGAGUCUGUAUUUGAGUAUGUGGGUCACAAGACUUGGUUCAAAUUUUCUGUGCUCCUUUUUGUCUCCUGGUUUCCCCCUCCCAUAAGGUGAGUGAUAACAUUUGAAAAUGAUUUUGGUCAAUAAAUUUAACCACUUAAUAAGCUAAAAUGGGAUAUCAAAUAUCCACCCUGUUGGGGACCGAAAGUCAGUUUUAAAUACUGACAAUUCUAAUUUAUGGGCGUUGUCCCCUUUUUUUUUUUUUUUUUUUUUGUGUAUGCUCACUUUCUCACACAUUUUAUAUUUUUUCAGGCUUUUUUUUUUUUUUUUUUUUUUUUCCUCAAGUGCCACAUUGAUACUCGAAUACAUCACUGAAUAAGAUAGAUAGAUAGAUAGAUAGAUAGAUAGAUAAUUGUUUUUGUUUUUUUUUAAAUUGUAACUUUAAAAAAAAAAAAAAUUCUAAAUUGUUUCAUAUUUUCCUCAACGGAGUGGAUGUAUUGAGGUUGACCACAUCAUAAUUGAAAGAUAAAAUUUGUAAAAAUAGACAAAAUAAUAGAGGAUCUCAAUCGCUUUCCCAAGUUUUCCAUCCAAAGGAGUGAUGACUGCUUUAUGAUGUCACUAAUGUUUCCAACUUUCAUGAAAAGGGGAAAGUAGUCCAAAAUAACAAGCAAAGAAAAGAAAAAAUUAUUAUUGUUCAAAUAAAAAAAACUAUACUAUAUAGAGAGAAUCAUUACUGAUACCCAACAAUCUAUAAAAUUUUGAAAAAAAAAAAAAAAUCAUGUAUAGUAAGUGUAUUUGUCAUGAAAAUAAGGUAUGCAAGUUUGGGGACAUAGGAAAAAUGGUGAUAUGGUGCUUUAAAAUAUCUACUUCAGUUAAAAAAAAAAAAAACUACUAAUAUUAUGAAAUUUGUCUUAAGAUGCUGAAAAUGAUGCUGUACAUGCUGUCAUUUAGCACAUUUUGAAACCUGUAUCCCCCGAGAUACAUUGCCAGAUUAGAAAAAAAAGGUUAAUCCACAGUAUUGACAAUCUUUGAAUUUUGAGUUUAAACAUUGCUCAAAUGUUAAAAUUCACAUGUUAAACUGAUAUAUUUAGUUGACCACAUCUUUGCAUUUUCAACUAUAUUUUCUUGCAGGGUAGAACAGGUUUAACUCAAACACACCAAAACCUGCUAAAGGUUUUCAGAUAUAUUUGGAAAUGCCAGUCAUGUGUGUUUGAGCAGGAUUGGAGCUGAACUCUGCAGGACAGUGACCCUCAAGCCAGAGGCUGAAGAUAAGACAGAUCAGCAGUGUAAAAAGUUUAAAUGCCUCAAUUUUAGGACAUUUAUAGACAUGUCAUAUUUUGAAUAUUUUUUGCAUUACAUAAAACAGAAAUAUUGAUGACUUUUUAUAUGUAUAUAUAUAUAUAUAUAUAUAUAUAUAUAUAUAUCUUAAUAGGGCAACAUAGCUCAUAAAAUCCAAAAUAUCAAAUAUAUCCAAUUCCUCUGAAAAUGUUUUAAGUCUAGAGUUGAUAUAAAAAGUGACAUAAAAUACUUUUUUCUGAUUAUUUUCCACUCGGAUAUAUAUAUGUGUGUGUUUAUGUACAUACCUAGGCCUAUAUAACCCCCCAACUGUCUGAUCCCACUGAAGGCCAUUGUGUAAUUUGCCCCCUCUUCUCUGGUACUGUGCAUGCAUAACCAAUAAACAUCCAUAAUUUUGAUUGUGACUAUGAAUCAUUAAUCUUUAUAUGUGACUUUAAAGCAGUCUUAAAACUUUUGUUCAGAACUGCUGUUCCAAAAGUGAUAACGUGUAAAAUGAGAAAGCAACAAAGGCCAAGUGAAUAUGCAGCUCAGAGAGGAAGAGCGGAACCCGCUCCUCCAAUACAGUCUACGAGUAAGACAGAGGAAAUAACAGACCGAACGGGAUUUUUGUAAUAAUCGACGUAUCUCAUUCAUUUAAAAGGGCAUGUUUACAGCAAGCACAACAUUUCGCCUUUUUAACUCGAAAAAAAGAUGCUCAAUCAGGAUUGAUUCGCUGCCUCGGUCAAAGGAGCUGUCCACCAUGAGGUGCUGAUCGGCGGCCUGGCAGAACGAUGGCGACGGGGAAGUGGCUUCUGUACACGGGUCUCUGUCUGUCUCUCGUCGCCUUGUGUUUCCUGACAAUCGCAAUCUCAUCGGAUCACUGGUACGAAACGGACGCGAGGAGAUACAAGGAACGCUGUCGAACUUUCUCGAACCGCAGAAGCGAUCCGGGUUUUAUUUACAUCCCCAACCACAGCCUUCCACUGCGAGCCAGCCGAGCGAACCUGGACCGAUGGGAGAACCGACUGCUGCUAACUAGAAACCGGCGUCAGCUGUUCGCGAUGAGCGCGGCGGAUGAGUGCAGCAGGCGCUACAAUUCAACCAAUAUGGGGCUGUGGAGCAAAUGCUACAGGGUGGGAUUUGACCCAGACAUCGAAGAGCUCAUUCAGAAAGGAACUAUAGAGCGUUGCUCCUUUAUAAAGUACUAUUACUCCUCAUCCGCUGUGACGCGAAAGGAUCUUUCCUACAACAUCACCAAGACUAUCCAGCAAGAUGAUUGGCAUGCCCUGCAUUUGCGUCGGAUGACAGCUGGCUUCAUGGGCAUGGCUCUAUCCAUCAUUCUCUUUGGCUGGACCAUUGGCGUUUUGGGCUGUUGCUGGCAGCAAGGCCUCAUGCAUUACGUUGCUGGUCUACUCUUCCUUAUGGGAGGUACCUUCUGCAUCAUCUCUCUGUGCACCUGUGUGGCCGGCAUCAACUUCGAACUGUCUCGCUACCCACGUUAUUUGUUCAGCCUCCCGGAUGAUAUAAGCCAUGGUUACGGCUGGUCCAUGUUCAGUGCCUGGGGAGGGCUGGGAUUGACCCUCAUAGCAGGAUUCUUCUGCACCCUGGCACCAUCGAUUCAGCCUCCUCCACCAUCCCGUACCUCCUGUCCUAAGUCUCGCAUGGAGAACGGAACGGUGUGCUAAAGCUUCACAUGUUGUGACACUUGGUACAUUAACAUAAACUUGUUCAUAGACUUUGUUAUGGGUAUUAAAAGCACGGAAGCUGUUGAAAGACAUUUUGUUCUGGAAGGUGAUAAGCCAUGGCUGUUGGGACUUAUAAAAGAAGGAUCUAUGAAAGCACAUUUGUACAGUUGUAUAAAAGCUUUCAUCAUGACAUGAGUUCAGCAUGUCCUUGGUGUUUGUCUUUGUGUUCAGUAGAUCGUGUUUGAAUUUCGAGACAAACUCACCGUUUCAAAGAUCUUUCCAAUGUAUGAUUUACCAUGAAUUUCAUUAUGUGCUGUAAUUGUUUUCAAUGUCAAUAAUUUCUUCAUUGGACAAUAAAAUGCCUCAUGUAAGAAAA